CAUCCCUCCAAUACAUACACAAUAAAUAACCAAAAAGCAAGUAUUUUUCUAAAUAGAAGAAAUAUGCCUAUUGAGACACAAUUCAGGGGUAUUUCUUGUAAUUCGUUCGUAAUCUUUGAUGUGUGCAUUCCCCCAAUUGACUUUCCAUAAUGCUUCCAAAUUCAAACUUUUUUUUAUUAGAUUUGAUCUGAACAAAAAACAGAACAAUUUACUAAGCUGAAUUCCUGAAGCUUCUUCUAGAUCUCUCACGGCUCUUUCUUCAUAUUCGCGUAUUCAAAUUCCUCAAAUUUAUCCCUAAAAUUCAUAGAAGUACAUCAAUAUUGGGAAUCCUCAGUUCAUGAUUGGGUUGCCGGCGGCAGGAUUUUUCCGAGUUAGGGUUUUACGAAAGAAAAACAUACAGAAAUGCCAUUGGAAUCGUCGAUGUCAGACCAUGAACCGGACGAUUCCGAUACUGAGUUCGUUGAGAUCGAUCCAUCCGGUCGUUAUGGUCGGUAUAAAGAAGUGCUGGGAAAGGGGGCUUUCAAAAGAGUAUACAAAGCAUUUGACGAAUUGGAAGGAAUUGAAGUAGCCUGGAAUCAAAUUAGGGUUUCUGAUUUCUUAAGAAACCCUGAAGAGCUAGAGCGGCUAUACUCAGAAGUUCAUUUGCUCAAGACACUGAAGCACAAGAACAUCAUCAAAUUCUACAAUUCUUGGGUUGAUACAACACAUGAGCACAUCAACUUCAUCACCGAGAUUUUCACAUCUGGAACAUUAAGACAGUAUCGCAAGAAACAUAAGCAUGUAGAUCUGAGAGCAUUAAAGAAAUGGUCUAAACAAAUAUUAGAAGGACUUUUGUAUCUUCAUAGUCAUGAUCCUCCUGUUAUACAUCGUGAUCUUAAAUGUGACAACAUUUUUGUCAAUGGGAAUCAAGGAGAGGUCAAAAUUGGAGACCUUGGACUUGCUGCCAUUCUUCGCCAAGCUCGUUCUGCUCACAGUGUCAUUGGUACUCCUGAAUUCAUGGCACCAGAGCUCUAUGAGGAGGAAUACAAUGAACUUGUAGAUAUUUAUGCAUUCGGAAUGUGCUUACUUGAAUUAGUGACAUUUGAAUAUCCUUAUUGUGAAUGUGCCAAUGCUGCUCAGAUAUAUAAGAAAGUGACAUCAGGUAUAAAACCGGCUUCAUUAGCAAAAGUCAAAGAUCCUGAAGUCAAAUCAUUUAUAGAGAAAUGUAUUGCUAAACAAUCCGAUAGGUUAUCAGCCAAGGAAUUGCUCAUGGAUCCGUUUCUACGCGAUGAGCAUGAUGCCAUGAAUCGACCAGGUCAAUCCAAUUCCAAUUCCGGUCCCGGUCCCGGUUCCGGUUCCAAUCCGCCUGAUAUUGCUAGAGAUUUCACAGUCAAAGGUCAAAUGAAAGACCUGAAUACCGUAUUCCUAAAGCUACGAAUAGAAGAUACAACAGGGAAUGUUCGGAAUAUUCAUUUCCCGUUUGAUACGGAUAACGAUACAUCGAUUGCUGUUGCUAGUGAAAUGGUGGAAGAAUUGGAUUUAACAGAUCAAGAUGUGUCCACGAUUGCUGAAAUGAUCGAUGCAGAAAUUCGUUCUUGUAUUCCCGAUUGGGCUCCAAGAGAUUACGAUGAUGAUCAAGAUGAUGCCGAUUCCGAUUCCAAUUCCGAAGUUCAAAACCAAUCCCAAUCCCAAUCCCCUAUAACAAUCAAAUCUUCUACUUCACCUGGGACUUUAGCUCUUGAAAGAUUGCCUUCAGGUAGAAGAUAUUGGAGUGAUUCACCAAAAGGCUGUUUCUCUCCACUCAGACCAAGAGAUUCAAACGCUUCUGAACCAGUAAGUAAUGAUGGCAAAACAGAAGAAGAAGAAGAUAAAGAUGAUGAUGAUGAUGAUUAUGAUGAUGAUGAUGAUGAUAAUGUUGAUACAAUUGUUGAGAAACUUGAACAUUUGUUGGAUGAGCAACAAAAGGAAGUGGAUGAACUUAGAAAGAAACAUGAGUUAGUGGUGUCGGAUAUUUUGAAGAAACUUAGGCCCGAAACCCGUCAAGAAGUUGCGAAUAUUUGUAAAUUUGAAAUCUGCGAGGAGACUGGGCCCAAGCCCGAUCAUGAGCCCGAGGCUGAGCCCGAGAUGUAG